UUUGUUAUAUGUAAAAUUGAAUUGAAAAUUUGGUUUACAGCUUUACUUUUAAUGAACAACUGAAAAUAUAGAAUAUUCUUUGAGAAAUAGAUUUUUGUAUGACAUUUUCUAAAACUAUCUGAUUCAUAUUCUUUUUGUAAUUCACAUCUGGUAAUUUGUAUAUUUUUAAAAAAUGUACCGUCUGAACAGCAGGUUUUUGUCGCAAAACAUUAAAAGUCAAAGAUGCAUGAAAAUACUGGUUCCGAAAAACAAACAGUUUUAUGGACAAAGAGAAUUUGUACUGAAUAAUUCACGAUUUAUGCAAGAAAAAGUUGGAUACUUAAAACACAAAUAUAUCAAAAUAAAUUUUUGUCAUAUAAAUCAUUUUUGUAUCCAUAAAAAAUAUGAACGGAAAAAUAAUCAUUUGAAAGAUAUAAUAACUCCAAUAAGACCAUAUUUAGGUUUGAUAAGAUUUGAAAGACCAGUGGGAACUAUGCUUCUAUUCUGGCCUUGUGGAUGGAGUAUCGCUUUAUGUGCAGCACCAAGCCAAUUACCGGACUUUUACACACUAUCAUUAUUUGCUAUAGGAUCUUUUAUAAUGAGAGGAGCCGGAUGCACAAUAAAUGACAUGUGGGAUCGUGACUUAGAUGCUAAAGUAGAAAGAACCAAAAAUAGACCACUUGCAAAGAGUCAAAUAAGUAAUUUAGAUGUUUUGACAUUUUUAAUGGCACAACUUGGACUAUCGCUAACAAUCUUGCUUCAAUUUAAUUGGAAUUCAAUUAUGCUGGGAGCUAGUUCGUUGGGUCUAGUUGCAACAUAUCCUUUAAUGAAAAGAUUAACAAAUUGGCCACAAUUAAUGUUAGGCCUAACUUUUAACUGGGGAGCUCUUUUGGGAUGCAGCGUUGUUAAUGGAGUGGUCGUAUGGUCAUUUUGUUUACCGUUGUAUUUUGCUGGAGUUUGUUGGACAAUUAUUUACGACACAAUAUAUGCUCACCAAGAUAAAGUAGACGACAUAAUGUUUGGAAUAAAAUCGACAGCAAUACGUUUUGGUGAUAAAACAAAGUCAUGGUUAACUGGAUUUAGUGUCUUGAUGAUGACGAAUUUAUCAAUUGUUGGAAUGAUUUGCAGUCAAACCUUACCUUACUACAUUUCUUUAAUCAUGAUUGGUGUGCAUUUGUCACAUCAAAUUUAUUCUCUAGAUAUUCAUAAUCCUAAAGAUUGUGCAAAUAAAUUUUCAUCCAACAAUCAAGUAGGCUUAAUAUUAUUUUUGGGAAUUGUAAUAGGAACAAUUUUAAAAGAAAAAAAAGAGGAACAUGUCAAAAUUAUUAAAAAACCUAGCAAUAAUACAAAAACUGGUAGUAAUAGAGGAAUUCAAUUAGUAUCAUGUACAACCAAACCAAUAUAAAACUAAAAAAAAACUACAGAUGUAUUUUGAAUAAAUUAAAUAAUAUGAAACCAAUUAGUAGGUUUGAACUUGAUUAAA